CAGAGAGUUUCUCUCGCGGAUUUUUCUUCUUCACCAUGGCGCGUUGCGUUCCUCUGGACACCGGUUCCGUUCCGUCCCCGUGAUGCGCGUGAUGAGGAUGAUGGUGACGGAUGAAAGAUGGAGAAACUAUCCGCGAGCAUUAACGGACUCUCGUGGAGCUCCGUGUCGCUGCCGCUGGACGUGGUCGUGAGCAAAUUCCGUUUACCGACGCUCGUGCGGCUGAGCCACGGUGAGAAUGUGGAGGGUUUAUCAGAGGACGACGUGAUAUUGCUUCACUCCUGCAGACAGUGGACUACCGUCACUGCCCACAGCCUGGAGGAGGGUCAUUACGUGAUCGGACCCAAAAUAGACAUCCCACUACAGUAUCAAGGGAAGUUUAAGUUACUGGAUCAAGAUCGGGAUGUACGUGAGCCGGUUCAGUAUUUUGGAAGUGUGGAAGAAAUUGCUGGAAUCUUUCCCGAUCGUGUGUUCGUCAUGGAGCCCAUCACGUUCAGCGUUAAGGUGGUUUCUGGGGAGUUUACAGAGGACAGUGAGUUAUAUAACUUCUCUCUGCAGACAGGAGAUGAAUUAACUCUAAUGGGCCAGGCAGAACUUCUCUGCGUCCAAUCAACUCGAGAGAAAUCCCGCCUAACCACGCUUCUACGGCGACUGGGUAAGGCAAGUGGAGCUUUGGGACAUCCUGUCCACACGAAGAUGCCUUGUUUGAUAUGCAUGAACCAUAGGACCAAUGAGAGCGUCAGUUUGCCAUUUCAGUGCCGCGGGCGCUUCUGUACACGCUCGCCGCAGGAGUUGCAAAUGCAGGGUGGCGAACAUACUGUACGCAGCAUCAUCGAGCGCGUUCGACUGCCUGUGAACGUAUCCGUGCCGUCAAGACCUCCUCGAAACCCAUACGACCUGCAUGCGAUCCGUGAGGGCCAUCGUUAUAAACUUCUCAGCAUCAUCAGCAAAACUGUCGUUCUAUGCUGCAUACUACGCAAAGAGGAAGUUACUCCGUCUCACUUCCUGUUAUUAACGGACAUGCCGCGAUUUACUCUGCCAGAUGGUCUUUUGCCUGCAGACUCUUCCUACCAGCAGGUGGUGCUACAGUGUGCAUUGCUGUGUCAAGAGAACUUCAACCCAGACGAUUACUCGCGCGCAGUGCGCGAAGUGAAGACGGAUUUCUCGGAGGAGUGUCUGAGCCCGCGGCGGAUUCGGGUUUGCGUUCAGGGCUAUGGGCGGGACGAGCUUGGGACGUCCUUACAGAGACUGUCUUUGUGCGUGUAUGGAGGUGGUGCGGUCACACACACGCACACAAUUUCACAUGGCUGCAGAGACUCGUUACUUGACACACAAACACUGCCCUCUAGUGAUGGUGAUGGAGAAGGAGAAUAUGUCACGGCUGAUUGGUCGACGGAAACGCAGGAGAUUCCGUACGAGGAGCUUUGGACCAAUCAGAAUUCGGGAAGCUUUGGUGUGACUUCUGAGAGCGGUGUGAAGGCGGAGCAUAACCUCAUAUCAUUUCACUCCACUAACUCAUCAUUGGAUGGAACAGUGGGAUCCACCCACGUUGCCAUGGUGCAGAUGGAAGCAGGAAGAGUGUCCAGAGUAUCGACUCCACCUCCCGUCCCACCCAAAUCAGAAGCUGUGAAAGAGGAGUGUCGUUUCUUAAACGCUCCUCCUGUUCCUCCCCGCUGUACUAAAGGACCCACCCCCAGCCCUCCAGUCCCGACCCGAUUCCCUAAAACCCCACCCACACAGACACUCAGCCCAAACCUCUCAUUUUAUUCAUCCGGACUGCAAGAGAGUUCUGCUCCUCGUAGUGGUAGUAGCUCUCCGUCACCAGAAUCUUAUUCUCUCUACUGUUACCCAUGCACUUGGGCCGACUGUGUGACCUCUGACCCUGGCGUAAGCCCUGAUCCUGCCCAGCCUGCGCAGGCCUGUUGGUCCAACCCCCGAGGAGGCGGGGCCUACACCUCCAACAUCCUAAAUACUCCUCUGCUGAGCACUGACUCCACCCAUAAAAACUACUCCACCUGUCCCAGGCCACGCCCGGUGGCGCAGAACCGCUUUGCACCAUUUGGCGCUCUAAACCCUUUUGCCAAUCCAGGACACACCCACAGCUCCUCUGAUUGGCACACUACUGGUAGGAACUCCCCCACUCUGACAGCUGACCUCAUUAGCUCCACACCCCAGGAGCCUCAAGCCAAUCAGGGAGGUUCAAAGGCAGGUCCCGAGCCUCUGCCCAGAGCGAUCAUGUGUUCAGAAGAGGACAUGGUCACGGUAAACCACGCCUCUGGAUUGGUCACCAUGGCGAGAGGGGCCGAGGGUGGGGCCAGGUCGUCAUGGCGACCCCCAGCAGAGCUGUGCUGGCUCUCUGUGGAGGAGGUGUCAACCAGUUUGCGGUUCAUCGGCCUUUCGGAUGAUGUGGUUGGUCUGUUCAGCCGAGAGAGAAUCGAUGGCUCUAUUUUCACUCAGCUGACGGAGGAAAUUCUAUCUGAGGACUUUAAUCUCACAAAGUUACAGGUCAAAAAAAUCAUGCAGUUCAUCAAGGGUUGGAGACCUAAAAUAUGACGAGCGUGGGAAUGUGUGUGUGUGUGUGUGUUUCCAUUGGAGGCAAAGUCAAUGAAAGGACAGCGUCCUCGUAUUCCGAUGUAUUUUAGGAUGUUUUUAUCUUAGGGGUCAUUCCUAUCAUGCAGUACAAUUUCAUGUCUCAAUAAUAUAUGUCUUAAAAUAUUAGAUCAAAUAUUAAA